AUGCGGCAGGUGUGCCGGUCUGGUUCUGUGCAGGACCCCCGCAAAGGCAGACCCCUCGCCGGCCGGGACCGGGAGGGGCCGCUCCCGGACGCGCUGCUGCGGGCGGGCGGCGAAGAGGAGCGCGUGACGCAACAACCGGUCGCCUGCCAGGAGAUGCUGUCGGAGUUGGAGCGGAAGGCGUCCGUCCUCCCCGAGUCGGGCCCCGCCAGCCCCUCGGACCAGGACGUGCCGCUCGGUCGCGGUGACGGUCGCGCCGUAGAGGCGGCGGAGAGGGACGGCGGCGUGGGCCGGUCCGGGGACGGACGGAGCCUAACCCGAGACGGGGAGGAGGAGGCGGCCGAGCUACUUCGGUCCAAACUGGAGCUCGUCCACUUCCAGAAACUUCCGCAGGCCAAACAGGAGACCGUACAAGAGGUGGAGCUCCCCCGGGCGACCAGGCUGUGGCUUCAGGAGCCGUCGCCCUCUUCCGGCGGCAAACUUCUGCGGCCGAGCGGCCCGCAGCGGCAGGAGGAGUUGGAGCGACAGCUGAGCGAGCAGCGAGGCUUGACGCGGGCCGUGGCCGGACUCGGCCGAGGAGCCGAAGAGGCGCCGGCGUCGCCAUGGAGGUCUCCCGCUGAGGACGCGGCGGCGGAGUGGUCGGGCCUUCGCCGCGGGUUGCUGGAGCUGGAGGACGGCUGGAGGCGGCCGGCGGAUUCUCAGGUGACAAAAUCGUCCGGCGCCGACGAAGCCGGGGGAUUUCUGAUCGCCUCCGACAACCUCGAGGAGCCUCGAGCUCGCGUCGGACGCCUCCGAGAGUCGGAACGCCUGGCAGAGCGGUGGGAGGACGAGGAGGAGGAUCCGAGGGGCGGCGAGGAAACGGCCGCGCACUGCGAGCAUUUGGCGCGCAGCCUGACGAGUCUGGCCGGUGUCGGCCGCGAACGUUUGGCGCGGUCGCCGCGGCUCCGCACCGCGACUGGCCUGAGUCAGCAACUCGCCGCUCACACGAAGUUCUUCCACUUCCUGCACCAACAUCUGCACGUCCUGCACUUCCUGAGCUGCAGAGUUCCCGAGAGCACCCUCCACGGGUGGGAGGGCGCCAUCCGGGCUCUGCAGGAGGAGAUGCUCUCCCUGCAGACGCAGGCGCUCCACACGGGCGUCCGCAUGGAAGAAAUCCUUCAGAGGUGGCGGGAGUGGGAGGAAGACGCCGCCCGCUGCCAGUCGCUGCUGACGAGCGUGGAGACGGCACUUUACGGCGGGCGCGUCUGCGCACCAGCAUCCCAGGAUGCGUCUUGCAUACUGGACGAGAAUGCGGCACAGCUGGGUUGUACGCUGGAGGCAGGGCUUUGGCUGCAGCAGGCCGGCUGCACCCGAGUGGGCGUGGCCUGCCGGGAUUUGGAGGCUCGCUGGACUCAACUCAACAAAACGUUCAAGCGACAGAAUGCACACAUGGAGAGGAAGACAAAACUCAGCCACAGUUUCACACGCGACUCCACUGCCCUCACAGAGUGGAUGGGCGUGGCCAGAGAGCUGAUUGACAGGUGGCGUCUUCUGAUGGUCUCGGCCACUGAGGACGCUGCAGGUGGCGAGCAGAGGCGGGAGGAAUACUGUCGCUUUGUGGCCCUGAUCAAGGAUCUUGAGGACCAAAGCAGACUCAAAGAAGCUGUCACCUCCCAGUUGGGGGAGUUGAGGGGAAUUGACCGAGACUUGGGAGAAGAUCCUGAGGAUGGACCGUCCAUGUGCGAAACCUCGGACCAGGAUCUCGAUUGCAUGAGCGAACGUCUUGGACGCUUGGAGCGCGAUUGGUCAUCUCUCCUGGCAGACGUUCCGACGGUCCAAAACGCUCUGCACAAGUGGUGGAUGGAGACGUUGAGCCAGCAGGAGGCGCUGCAGGAGCUGCAGGCAUGGUUGACGGACUCGGAGUCUCGACUAGAAGAGCGAAGACGCAGUGUGGGUCGAAACUCGUGCACCGCCGCCGACCUCCGGCUGCUCCUCAAGUACUACAAGGAGUGUUGUGCGGAGAUGUCGGUGCAUCGGGCCACCCUGGACCACGCUACCCAACCUUGGCAGACGUGUAGUACCGGGAAGGGCCCGGGGGGGCGCUACGACGCCAACCGGCUGGCGGAGGACCAAGGAAGCCUCAAGCGGCGCUGGCUCAUGAUGCAAACGACUCUCGACGUUCAGAUUGGCGAGCUGGAGGAGGACUUGAGGGUCAGGACGGAGCAGGAAGUUGGUCUUGAGCACAUUGACGCCUGGAUGGUGGAUCAGAAACAGAGUCUGGACUCGACCCGGGCACCCCGCAGCCUGGCCGACCUUCAGCGGGACCCCCACCAGGAUCUUGAUGAGCAAAUUCAGAUGAGACAGGUCGCUCUGCAGAAGCUAGCAGACCAACAUGGCCGGCGAGGAGGAGGUAGAGCCUUCAGGUGUCACAUUGACCAGUCCAGAGCGGUGUGCGUGGAGCUAGCACAGCAGAACAAGGCGGUCACGAGUCACCUUAUGGCGACGAGGCAGCUGUGGCUUAGCUUGGACAUGAAAGUGGACGACAUGACGCAGAGACGAGUGAGGACGUCUCAGAUGUUGGAUCUUCUCCGCGGUCAGAGCCUCUCACUGCAGGCCCACAAAGAUCUCCAAUGUCAGCUGCAGAGUCUUCAUGAAGACAUGAAGGCUUCAGAGUCUGACUGGGACCGUCUCCAUCAAACCUUUGCGGCUCUCAAAGACCGAGUACACCCGGACGCAGCAAACAUGCUCACUCAGCGCAUCGACACACAAACUCACAGCUGGUCUGUCGUGCGCUCCUGUUUGGACCAGCACCUCCAGAGGAGCCUUGUCCGCCAGACGGUGUGGGAGGUUCACACCCGAAGUGUAGCCGUCCUGUGGGAGCGCGUGAAAGAGCUGAAGAGGGACGCCGCAUCCGUCCCCAACUGGGACGGCGCAACGUGCCAACAUCUGGACGACCUCAACCAGGACUUGCAGAAACUUCAAACUCUGCAGGAGAGAGCAGACUCUUUGCAGUGUGACUUGCAAGGGGUGCUGGAGGCCUCCAAGGACCUGAUUGGUCGGCUGGAGCCCUCUGUGGCUGCUCUGGUCCAAUCGGAGAGCAGGUUGCUGUCUCGUGCCGCCCUGCGGCUUGGACGCACGCUGGCUGAGAAACGGGACGAGCUGCAGGAGGAGCUGCAGACGCUGCAGGAGGUCAGCAGCCUCCUGGACACUCUGGAGGCCACACUUGAGACCUGGAUGGAGCGUCUGGAGCACCCGGUGCAGCACAUCGUCGAGCAGAAUGCCGUUGAGCAGAACGCCGUCGAACAGCGCGUCCUGCUGGACCCGAGCGCUCUGGCCGCCGACCUGGACAUACUCAACGAGCUGAGUCGUGGCCUGACGUUGAACGACGGCGUCGCGCGACGCCUGAGGCGCCUGAACCGACGAUGGAGCGACGCCUCCGCCAGAGCCCAGGAAGCCUGCAGUGAGCUGCAGACGGAGGCGUUGCGCCAUCAGAGCUUCGAGCAAAAGUGCGAGAGCUGGAUGUCGUUCUUGCAGAGGAUGGAGGAGCGUGUGGCCGUGGACGUGUCGGGAUCAUACGCCGGACUCAGGCAGCAGCUGUGCGCUCACAAGCGCUUCCAGGCGGAGAUGUCCAUGGGCCACCAGAUGCUUCAUUCCGUCAUCUCCGACGCGCUUCGCCUACUGCAGAGAGGAGACGUGGACGAUAGGAGCGACUUCAUCCUGAAGCUGACGCAGCUGCGCGAGCAGUGGCGUGGCGCGGCCCAGGGGGCCGAGCGGCAGCGCUCCCUGGUGGAGGGCCUGGUCCAGCGGUGGCACCAGUACCACCGCGGCCUCCGCAAGCUCCAGCGCUUCCUGGCCCACACGCAGAACCUCCUGCCGGGAGCCGGGCCCGGCGGCCUGCGGAUCUUACGGCUAUCUCUGCGACAGCUGCAGCACACACAGCUGCUCUUCCGGCGCCAUCAAAGCAGCUUCAUCCACACGCUGGAGCUGGGCCGCCAGCUCUUCUCCGCAGCUGGCGAGCAGGACGCGCAGGACGCCAUCCAGGCCGAGCUGGCGACGCUGCAGGACGACUGGGAGCGCCUCCACGGCGCGCUGACCCGCUGCCUGGACCUCACCCAGGCCGUCGUGGAGAACUGGGAUCGCUGCGAGGCCGGACUGGAGGACAAAAUGCUGUUGCUGAAGGACAUGAAGAACAGGCUCAACCAGGCAAUGCCAGAGUGCAGCACGCACGGCGACCAGGAGAAGGAGGAGGACGGUCUGGAGGACGCUCUGCGGGACUGGGCCCACAGCCUGAGCCAGCUGAGCGCCAUGAAGACGGACCUGAGUCAGUACGUGAUGGCCGACGACGUCCUGGUUCUACACGAGCGCGUCCGACACCUUGACUGCCACUGGGAGGAGCUGUGCCUCAAGGUGUCCCUUCGCAAGCAGGAAAUCGGCGACCGGCUGAAUGCGUGGAUGAUGUUCAAGGAGAAAAAUGCCGAGCUGUGCGACUGGCUCACGCACAUGGAGAACAAGAUGGCCAACGAGUCCCACCUCAACAUCGAGGAGAUGGUGGAGAAGCUCAAGAAGGACUGCAUGGAGGAGAUGAACCUGUUCAGCGAGAACAAAAGUCACCUGAAGCAGCUGGGAGAGCAAAUCAUCGACGCCAGCAACAAGACCAAAGAGAGCGACGUCAAUGACACCCUCUACCACGUCAACGACCGAUGGCAGCACCUGUUCCACCACAUCGAGGCCAGGGUGCGGAAGCUGAAGGAGACGCUGGGAACGGUGCAGCAGCUGGACAACAACAUGAACGAGCUGCGCACGUGGUUGGCACGCGUGGACGCCCAACUGGCUCAGCCGCCCGUCUACCACGUCUGCCACGCCGACGACAUUCACGACAAGCUGGAGCGGCAGCAGGAGGUGCAGCGCGACAUCGACGACCACGCGGCAACGGUGGCUUCGGUGGCGAGGUCGUGCGACGUCCUACUGCGCGACGCCGACGCCUGCGGCGGCGAGUCGGAACGCGAUGCCAUCCUGCAGGCCGCUAGCAAUCUGGACCGACGCUGGAGGAACAUCUGCGCCAUGGCCCUGGAGAGGAGGAUGAGGAUUGAGGAGACGUGGCGUCUGUGGUGCAAGUUCCUGGACGACUUGGCUCGCUUCGAGGACUGGCUGAAGGUGGCCGAGCUGACGGCGGCCAAUCCCGACUCUGCCGACGUCCUCUACACCAGUGCCAAGGAGGAGCUCAAGAAAUUUGAGGCCUUCCAGCGCCAGGUGCAUGAGCGUUUGACCCAGAUGGAGCUGGUCAACAAGCAGUACCGCCGGCUGGCCCGCGAGAACCGGACAGACGCCGCCGGCGACCUCCGGCUGAGGGUCGACCGGGGCAACCGGCGAUGGGACGGCCUCCGGAGACGAGUGGCCGCCGUUCUGCGACGACUCAAGCACUUCACGUCGCAGAGAGAAGAUUUUGAGGGCACUCGCGAGGGAAUCCUAAUGUGGCUGACAGAGAUGGACCUGCAGCUCACCGACGUGGAGCACUUCUCCGAGAGCGACAUGGAGGACAAAAUGAGGCAGAUGAAGGCCUUCCAGCAUGAGAUUACGCUCAAUGCCAACAAGAUCGACGCCCUCAUCGUGUUUGGCGAGAACCUGAUUCAGAAGAGCGCUCCUUUGGACGCGGCGCUCAUCGAGGAAGAGCUGGAGGAACUGCACUCGUAUUGCCAGGAAGUGUUUGGCCGUGUGGCACGUUUCCACCAUCGGCUGGUCUGCCGCCGCCCAGUUGAGGUGCUGGAGGAGGAACUGUCUGACCAGGAGAACCCUGCCGAAGCGAGCGGCGCGGUGUCUUCGUGGAGCGACUCAUUCAAGAAGGACGCGGCCGAACGCCAGACCUCGUGCCAGCUUCUGGUGCCGCCUCUGGAACAUUCUGGAAGAGAGACGCCCGUCAGCGUGGACUCCAUCCCGCUGGAAUGGGACCACACGGUGGACGUGGGAGGGUCCUCAUCACACGAAGACGACGAGGACACCGAGGACGUCGCAUUCUUCAGCACCCUGUCAGUGAAGUCCGCGAGUGACACGCCAAGCUGGCAUCGUCCUGCCUCCCCAUUGAGGACGGCGCUUAGCCGACAUGUCUGCAGUACUUCAAUCCACCAGCAGGGCUACGUGAAGCUGAUGUCCGAGUGCAGUGGAAGCAUCGAUGACGUCAAGCGAGUCAAGUUGCUCCUUGACGACGAGCAGAAAGUGGAAGGUCCACUUCUAGCGAAUCUACCGGGUUUGACCAGUGGCACCACGCCUAAACACACGGGAACGGGUGUGAUCGAGCGCUGGGAGGUAGUGCAGGCCCAGAAGGUCCAGCAGGAGACGGAGGUCCAUCAGAACCCGCAGCAAUGGCACCAGUUCAGCACUGACCUCAGUGACGUCACUUCCUGGCUGAACAGGAAUCUCCCCGAUCUGGAGGCGCUGCAGACGAUCCCGCCCUCCACCGGUGUCAGACACUUCGAAGACAACGUCAGGACGCUCAAGGAGAUGCAGCGGGCAUUCUGCCUGCACAAGCGUUCGAUGAUCUCGGUCAACCUGGCCAGUCGUCACUUCCUGCUCGCCGGUCGCGACGACGACAGCGAGCAGCUAAAGCAGCUGAAAGUGGGGCUUAGCUCAGCUAAUCACAGCUGGAUGCGAGCCUGCCGCGCUCUAGAGCGCUGGGAGGCGGGGCUUCACGCCGCGCUCAUACAGUGUCAGGAGUUCCACGAGUCGCUGCAUUCGUUGCUUUUGUGGCUCGCUCAAGUUGAGCAAAAACUAAGCGAGAUCAGCGAGCGGCGCCUGUCACCCUCUUACGCCGCCCUGCUGGAGCAACGUGAUGAGCUGCAGGGGUUGCAGGAGGGACUGCAGGAGCGCCAGGAGGCUGUGGCGUCGCUUCACGCUGUUGGCACGCAGCUCCUCCUGGAGGCGGGCCGGGACCAUGAGGAUUGCGUGCAAGCCAAGGAGAAAGUUCAUGUGGUCAGCAACAAGAUGAAACUGCUCCUCAGGCACGUCCACGAACGCCUCAGUGACCUGAACCAAGACCUCAACACCCUCAAACACCACAAAGAAGAGGAGGAGCCAAUAGAUGACCCACAGUCAGACGUGGGAAGAAGGUACAGGGCUGAGGUCGCCGAGGUCGCGGCCCCCUCCCGCCGCCGGCAUCUCCUGUACCGCGUGGUGCGGGCGGCGUUCCCGCUGCAUGUCUUGUUGGCGCUGGUGCUGGCGUUGGCGUGCUUCGUGGCGGCACCCGCGCAAGAGCCAUCCUACUACAGCUGCUCGCUCACCAACAACUUUGCGCGGUCCUUCUACCCCAUGCUGCGCUACACCAAUGGACCCCCGCCCACGUGACAACAACCCACCCCCCGCCAUGUGUGUGCGUGUGUAUUUAAGAAUGUUGUUUGUUUGCUUCAAAGCCAUAAGCAAAGACACUCCACUAUUUUCUAGUUGGAUUUUCAUAACAAAUGUAACGCAAAUGGGUUGAUUUAUUCCAAAAGGGAAAUUAUAAUUGAAAAAGUUUGUGGACUUCAAAUUGUUAAAUCUUGUACAUAAUGCCAUUUAUCAUGUUCCCAUACAACGUAAACACACUCUUCUUAUAACAUUGUGCAAAUUUUCCAGCCCAAAACGGCUUUUUUUCCUCAACAUGGAACGUUUUUUGCAACAUUACGACAAUUGCCGUAACAUUCGGACAUUGGUCUUGUUCUACUCAACUUUAUUUCAUCAUCACAAAAAUUCUUAAAACUUUAUUCUCAGAACAUUGCGACUUUAAAACUAAAAUAAGACUUUUUUGACAGACCAUAAUUAUAUAAUCUCAAAAUAUUAUAACUAUAUUCUCGUGUUGUCUUUUUCUCAACUCUUACAUUUUUAAUGUA